CGAGGCGGACCCCGAGCGGAGCCUGAGCGCGGAGCCGAGGCCGGAGCGAGGAGGCGCGGGCGGGCUGAACCGAGCCGAGCCGCUCCCGGGGCCGGCACGCUACCUGCAGCGGGAGGAGUCGCCGAGCCCCGCGGCCCGGCCCGCAGCCCUGCCGGGGAGGGCUGCCUUGCAAUAGACCAUGAGCAGGUAAUGCACAAGGAGCACCACUGGGAAUCAUGUCGGACGAGUCAAUCUCAGGGAGUGAUCCAGACCUGGACCCGGACUUGGAGCAGGAGGAUAUGGAAGAGGAGGAGGAGGAAGAUGAAGAGGCAAUGGAGGAGGACAAUGACGGGGAUGACGAGGAAGACUUACUCGAUGAGAAUGACCAGCCCCAGGAAGAUGUGUUCAGUAGUGACCAUGUUCAGCAUGGGGAGGAUGGGGAAUGGCAACGCUCUACUUCAACUACCUCAUCUCAGAGCGAGCGGGCAGAGCGACUCUUGCAGAAUCAGCACAAGAGCCUGGCCUCUGAGGACACCAAAAAGAAGAGGGCUCAGAAACCUUCUCACAUGAGGAGGAACAUAAGAAAGCUGCUGCGGGAGGAUCAGCUUGAGGCUGUGACAAAAGCAGCCCAGCUGGAAGAGUUGGAGAGAAGGAAACGGCUGGAGCAGCAGCGAAAGGACUAUCCAGCAGCCAUCCCCACUGUACCGCUAGAGUUCCUUCCAGAAGAAAUAGUUUUAAGAACAGCAGAGGCCACUCAGCUUCCUCCUCAGGUCCUAGCUGAGGAAGUGAUCUGCUUGGAUAGCACCAGCAGUGGCAGUGAAGAUGACACGAAAGGCAUACUACAUAGCAUUAAAGAUGAAGUGAUCGAAUUGAGUUCAGGAGAGGAUGAGGCCCUCCAGAUCGUAGACAGCAGCGACUCUGCCAACGAGGGGGAAGAUGGGGAUGGUACUGAAGAGAGCAGUGGCUCUCAUGUGAAUGAUGCCUUAAAUCAGUCGGAUUCUCUGGGGCAGGUCAUUGUCAACAUCAACCAUCCACCCAAUGAAGAGGACAUUUUCCUGGCUCCACAGCUUGCACGGGCAGUAAAGCCUCACCAGAUUGGUGGGAUCCGGUUCCUGUAUGAUAACCUGGUGGAAUCCCUGGAGAGAUUUAAAAGCAGCAGUGGGUUUGGGUGUAUCUUGGCCCACAGCAUGGGGCUGGGCAAGACCAUCCAGGUCAUCUCUUUCUUGGAUGUACUUUUCCGGCACACAGAGGCAAAGACUGUCCUUGCCAUUGUACCUGUAAACACUCUCCAGAACUGGCUGGCAGAAUUCAACAUGUGGCUUCCCGCACCUGAAAACCUCCCUGCUGACUAUAACCCAAAAGAAAUUCAGCCACGCUUCUUCAAAGUCCAUAUCCUGAAUGAUGAACACAAGACAACGGCUGCCCGUGCAAAGGUGGUGACUGACUGGGUGACGGAUGGCGGGGUGCUGCUGAUGGGCUAUGAGAUGUACCGUCUCCUCUCACUGAAGAAGUCCUUUGCUACUGGCAGGAAGAAGAAAACAAAGAAACAAACUGGCCCUGUCAUUAUCGACUUAGAUGAGGAGGACCGGCAGCAAGAGCUUCUGAAAGGGAUUGAGAAGGCUUUAUCCCGCCCUGGCCCGGAUGUAGUUAUCUGUGAUGAGGGACACCGGAUAAAGAACUGCCAUGCCAGCACAUCUCAGGCCCUGAAGAACAUCCGCUCCAGGCGACGGGUGGUACUGACAGGCUACCCGCUCCAGAACAACCUGAUUGAGUACUGGUGCAUGGUAGACUUCGUCCGUCCUGACUUCUUGGGUACCCGGCAGGAGUUCAGCAACAUGUUUGAACGCCCCAUCCUGAACGGGCAGUGUAUUGACAGUACACCGCAGGACGUCCGUCUCAUGAGGUACCGCAGUCAUGUCCUGCAUAGUCUGCUGGAGGGGUUUGUGCAAAGGAGAGGCCAUAACGUACUAAAGGCUCAGCUUCCCUAUAAAGAAGAACAUGUCAUCCUGGUACGUCUGUCAAAAAUCCAACGGGCUCUCUACACAGAGUUCAUGAACCGGUUCCGGGAUGCAGGCAACAGUGGCUGGCUGGGAUUGAACCCGCUCAAGGCUUUCUGCGUCUGUUGUAAGAUCUGGAAUCACCCAGAUGUGCUGUAUGAAGCGCUGCAAAAAGAGAAUCUGGCAAAUGAGCAGGACCUGGAUGUGGAUGACCUUGGCACAGCUGGAACUAAUUCUCGCUGUCAGCCACAGGGAAUAAAAGUCAAAACAGAGACUAAUGCUUUGGCAUCACCAGUUGGAGAAGCUACCAACAGCAAGUUCCUUCAAGGCAUUGGCUUCAACCCCUUUCAGGAGAGAGCAAAUCAAGUCGUUACUUAUGAGUGGGCCAAGGACAUCCUGUGUGAUUACCAGACGGGAGUUUUGGAGAACUCGCCCAAGAUGGUGUUACUGUUCCACCUGAUUGAGGAAAGUGUGAAGCACGGAGACAAGAUCUUGGUCUUCAGCCAGAGUCUGUCCACAUUGUCUGUCAUUGAGGAGUUCUUGGCCAAGAGACCAAUGCCCAAUCCUCCAGGCUCAGAUGCGCAAGGCAUUCAUAACUGGGUCCGAAAUCUCAACUAUUACAGACUGGAUGGCAGCACUUCUGCCUCAGAAAGGGAACGAUUGAUUAACCAGUUCAAUGACCCCAGCAACAGCUCUGUUUGGCUCUUCCUUUUGUCCACACGAGCUGGGUGUUUGGGUGUCAACCUGAUUGGAGCAAACAGAGUGGUGGUGUUUGAUGCUUCUUGGAACCCGUGCCAUGACGCACAAGCAGUGUGCCGGGUGUACCGCUACGGACAAAGGAAGCCGUGCCACAUUUACCGACUGGUUUCAGAUUACACCCUGGAGAAGAAAAUCUAUGACCGCCAGGUCUCCAAGCAGGGGAUGUCAGAUCGUGUUGUGGAUGAUCUGAAUCCAGUGCUGAACUUCACCCGGAGGGAGGUGGAGAACCUGCUGCACUUCGUAGAAGAGGAGUCAGAUCCUGCCCAGCUGGCAUUGGACCCAAACAAGAUCAAGGAGUCUGUCUUACAGCUAGCCUGUCUCAAAUACCCUCACAUUAUCACCAAGGAGCCUUUCCAGCAUGAGUCGCUGCUGAUUGACCGGAAGGAGCACAAGUUGACCAAGGCAGAGAAGAAGGCAGCAAAGAAGAGUUAUGAGGAAGAGAAGCGAGCAUCCGUCCCCUAUACCCGUCCAUCCUAUGCACAGUAUUACCCAGCCAGUGACCAGAGCCUGACAAGCAUCCCUGCUUUCAGUCAAAGGAAUUGGCGACCAGUCUUCAAGGGCGAGGACAAGCCAGUGGCAAGCGUCCGCCCUGUUCAGUCCACCCCCAUUCCUAUGAUGCCUCGGCAUGUCCCGUUGGGUGGCGUGGGAUCGGCAUCUGGUUCCAACCCCACUGUCAACUUCCCCGUCAACUAUCUACAGCGAGCUGGUGUCCUUGUUCAGAAGAUUGUCACCACGACAGAUAUUGUGAUUCCAGGCACAAACACAUCCACUGAUGUGCAGGCGAGAAUCAGUGCUGGUGAGAGCAUCCACAUAAUCCGAGGGACUAAAGGGACGUACAUCCGCACCAGCGAUGGGCGGAUUUUUGCUAUCCGGACCACUGGGAAGCCGAAGGGCAGUGAAGACCGUCGAACGGCUGCCUCAGGCUCUCAGGGUCCAUCUCUGGAAUCCACAAGCAAUGGCAGACACAGUGCCUCGUCACCCAAGCUCCCUAACACAGAAGAGCUCACUCGGCCCAUUUCCCCCGACAGCCCGGAGAUCAUCAGUGAGCUGCAGCAGUAUGCUGAGGCAGCUGCUGCCCGGGAGUCUCGCCACAACUCCCCCAGCACUAACACUGUGCAUGGACACCCUGCCCGGACAGAAAACGCAGCCACCUUAGCAGCCCGGGGAGCUGAGCAGCGAUUGGGCCUCCAUUGCUUGGCUCCGUCGGUUUCUUCAGCCCUGCCAGCCACCAGCCAGAAUGUCGAUGGUCACUCAGUGCUGGACUUACGGGGCAACAAGCGCAAGUCGACCUCACCCUCUGUCCCCGAGGAACCAGCCCGUCGGCAGCAGAAAAAGCGCCACCUGCCAACGUCUGUUCAGUCGUACGAACACGGGUACCCAGUCUCUGGUGGGUUCACCAUGCCCCCUAUCUCUUUAAACCACAACCUAACCCAUCCAUUUCCCCCCCAAGCAGGAAACUCCUUGUACAUGGGCACUGGCUCAUCCUACUACCAGCUGCCCAAUUUACUACCAGACCCUCAGCUGGUGUUCCCUGUGACUACUGACCCUCUGCUGACAGCCGGCACCGCCAGCUCCUCUGCUGCUACCUCAGCCACCGCCAGCGUCCCCUCGUUCAUGCUAAACCCCUCUAUGACGGGGAUGCUGCCCAGCUAUUCGCUUCCCUUCACGCAGUCGCUCCUGCCUGAGCCCAGGAUGUUUGCUCCUUUCCCAGCCCCAGUUUUGCCUAGCAGCCUUCCCAGGAGCAUGGCGUCUGCCUACCCUGGCUACAUGUCCCCUCAUUCGGGCUACCCGGCUGGGGGCCUCCUGCGGUCCCAGGUGCCUCAGUUUGAAUCCCAGGAGGCCUCAGAGGUGGGAUGCAGCUCCAAUGAUGACGAAGACAAAGACGACGAUGUAAUAGAGAUCACAGGGAAAUAAUGGGCCCAGUUCCUGUUAGAUCUCAGCUUAGCCAGGAGGCAAAAGUUUCAGGACCUUUCUGGAGUCAGGAUUUCACCUCUGGGUUAUGGCAGCAGGGCUGGAGGAGGAGACGUUUUUAGAUGUCAAGGAUCUGCGUUGUAUUGGGGAGGGAGGGUGGGGAGAACAAAACCUGAACGGACUUGCAAGGGUGGGGGGCAGCAAUGCAAACCAUAGGAGUGCCUCCCUUGCUUUCUCUCCUGCAUUUUCCGUUUGUCUGUCUGUGUUGUCCGAAAGGGAGCCUUGACGUUGCUAUUCAGUGCCCCUUCUCAGGCGUGGAGACACUGGGUUGAUCUCUGUUGUGUGUGGAAGAGCUCCCUCUCCCACAAACUGCCUUAUCUGUGAACUUUUCUCGCUCAAGGAGGCACGGGGUGGGAGUAUGCCCCAGGAGAGGGUCUUGAUGAGCAUUUUCAAUUGGGGCAGGGGAGGAGCAGGCUAUAUGUCGUGUGUGUACCGGAGAGGGCAAGGGAUGUGUGUGUGUGGGGGGGUCCAUGUGAAAACCAAUUUGUUUUUCAUCCUCUUAAAAAUUCAAAACACAAUAAUCUGACAGCUCGUACCAGGCCCCUGCUGGAGGAUGAGAUGGGGAGUGGAGGGAAUGCUGAGCUGUGGCAUGACUCUCCAGUCUGCUCCCCCAGGGGGCCUUCUCUAUGAAGCCCUCUGAAGGCAGUGACCCUAGUAGGUUGAUCCUGUGGUUCUGGUGCUGGCUUCUCGAGCCUGGGUUGGGUUAAGAAUCCUUUAAAUCUUAUAGCGGCUCGAGGGCAAUCCUGGGGACUUUCCCAGUUCCUCCCUCUCUUCCAGUGAUGGCCUCCACACCAGGCUAUUGAGGGGUGUGCCCUCAGGCUCCAGGAGGAGGCCUGGGUGGGAGCAGGUGGAUCAGUUUGACUCCUAUCAACCCCAGCCAGCAGGACAGGUUGAAAAGGGAUACCAUUGCGGACUCAGCGCCCGUCUCCAUUGACUCUGUGAUCGGAGCAACUGCCCCCUUCACAGAAUCUCUACAUUAAUUUAUUUCAUGAAGGCAAAUAUUUAUUUGUUUGGGGAGUUUCUUUCCACGUUUUACUAAUUUUGUUGUUUAAAAGAAAAACUAACCUGCUGGCCUCCAUAAUGCAGUGGUUGCUUGGUGGAUUGUCUGUAUGGGGGAGACGAGACAUAAUGACCAUUUGACCAAAGCAUAAUCUGAAAGCAGGACCAACUGCGAACGUUCCCCAGUAGCCAGCUCCCUUGUUUGGUUGUUACAGUGAUGUGGCAUUGCCUGUGCCAUAUACACCCCUUUGGGGGAGCGUGUGACAGUGGCGCGUCCGUGCAGUACAAGGGAUAAUGAGAAACCUCUGGUCUUGGGGUUGGGAUCACUCUGGCACAGUGUUUGCUGGGCGGCUGAGAAAUUAGCGUGCUAACCAAUCUCUCAGGGAGAGGAGGAGUCUCGGCUCAUGACAAGUGGGCUUGGGGAUCUCAUGGCAGCAGGCUUGAGCUCCUAUUGGCUUAACGGACCCCCUGGCUGACAUGUGGAGUGCUGUUGCUGGGCUCCAGCCCUUCCCAACUAGAGAGGUGUCACAUGAGAGUGAAAAGCGAGAGCACAGAGAGUAAAUUGCACUGACUGUUCAGCUCUUGGUGUCUGCAGGCAAAUCAUGCUCUUGGCAUUGAAAUGCCACAUUUGCAUGAGUUUGGGCACCUGAGCUAGGUGGCCUGACAUCCUGUCCACUGUGUGCGUGCUCAUGCACUGGUAACUGCUGAGUAAUCUUGGAAACUCAAUGCCUGCUCAAAGGCCCAGGUCCUCGAAGGGAUGUAGGCUCCUAAAUCCCGUUGACUUCAAUGGAAGUUAGAAUCUUAAAUACCUUUGAGGAUCUGGACCUAUGUGUCACCACCUCAGGGAACGAGAGAGACUCUGAAUGUCCUUGGAAAGUGGUCCAUGCCAUUGGACCAAUGACAGCUGUUGGCACAAACCUGUGAUGGGAAAACCUCCAGGGCUGAUGCUUCAGUACGGUUAUUGAGGUCUACUCAGACCAGCUCAGGAGGGAGGGACAAGGCAUUCUGGCAUAUUGUGUAAGGUAGCUGUGAAGAAAGGGGAACUGCUUUAUCGAGGGAAGGUGGUGCGGUGCGUGUGUGUGUGUGUUUGUGUGUACCAUGACAAAAGUAGGACGUUAUGGGGCUUUCUCUCUGUCUUUCUCUGUUUUAAUGGAACUUGUCUGUCAGACGUAACCACACCAUUCAUAGAAGCCUUAGAUCUACAGUUUAGCUAUGCAAGUUAUUUUAAAAACAAACAUUGAAAUAGUGCUUUCUUCUUUAACAUAUCCUAGGAGUUGAAAACCGAGGGGUUCUGAGCAAACUUCUGAACAGCUUGUCUUUGGAUGUACCAUGGAAAUAAACAAACUCCCCCUUCCCCCCACUCCACCCCUCACCCAAUAACAAAGCAAACUAACUGAUGGUGUCCACUCCAAACACUGGACAGUGCUGCAUCUGUAAGUCAUGCCCUUUGCAGUUUGUGUGUCCAUCUUAUGCAAAAUACUGUGACGCUGAUUGUAUCACAGCUGUCUGUUGUAUCUCUGUAAGGCUCUCAAAAGCUCUAGUGGAUUUGGGAAGCGGACCUAGGCAAGGGGGUUUCUUGUCAAGAGUAGCGAGGAUUCAGACCUGGGGGAAAUCUAAACAAUACUUGUGGAAGGCAACUGUUGAUUUAGGUUAGAGCAGACCUUUUAACCAGAGUCCCUUGGCAUGGAGUAUGGUUCCUUCGUUGUUUGUGCCAGGGUGGCACUUUUAAUCUGAAUGAUCCUGCUAGUUCUUUGUAAUGGGGGCAUUUUGUGUGUCUUUUCUCUGCUCAGAUGAGGCAUACAGAUUUGACUCUAAACAGUAGGUUAACGUAUGGUUCUGGAUGCUGUACCUGAAAUAGCAGCAGCUUUCACAGAGACUUUGCUCAUUGUCUCACGAGGAAAGUACCAGAGGCCUCUGGAGGGCACUUUGGAUGGUACUGAAUUGGGCAGGCCUCUGGCACACCCUCACUUUGGUGGGUGGAAUAUGGGAAUUUUUCUGCUCACAGGAUUAGGUGCACCUAGGAUUAGUUUAACCAAGCUCUGUAGCCAUAGGAACUGGAGACUGAUGGAUCCUCUGAUAGCCAUAGGAAAUGGACCCCUGUAAUUUACUUCCCCAGCCACUGGAUGACAGUGUUGUUUCACAUGGAAUAUUUACUUUCUGCAAGCAAGUAGGUUUAAAAUUGUGCUUGUUUUGAACACUGGUUUUUGUAUUCAGUCAAGAAAGCAAGCAAAACUAAUGCUCUUUUUGCAUUGUGCAGAUUCCUGCAUUAAAUUGACUCUUGUAAACAGGGACCUUUCUCUGUCCCUGGCAAACUUCUGUCUCCGCCUGUCUAUUCGUAGUACAUUCAGUGCUUAGAGUGCACAUCCUCCAUAAACUGCUGGAGACUAAUUAGCCCCACAAGUGCCUGGGUUGAACCCCCAUCCUGUACCCCAGCCAGCACUCGGUGGGUGGGUCCCUCUCUCCUUCCUGCUCCAUCCGGACAAAUGCUCAAUCCAGACUACCUCCUUCCCCACCGACUCUCCCAGUUUCCAUGUGUCAUCUCCCAAACGCUAGCUAGUGGUUUAAAGAUGAAACCCCAUUGAUUUGGGGCAUCACAACCUUUGGGAGAGAUGAUCUCAUCACCUGGAGUGAAGGAAGGUUUGUGAAGGUGAUUUCCUCUGCCCUUAGUUUUCUGUUAGUGCUGAAGAAACCCCCAUCACCCAGAUGCUGACCACUGAGUUCCACUGGGUGUGCAACAUCUUCCAGGAAGGUGCAGCUUCUCGUGCUUCUGAGUACAUGAAGUGCAGAGAAUGCAGACUGAGACCAUGGAUCAGAACUGUUUAAUGACGGAGACCAGGAAUCAGAAUUAUUUAAUGACUUUGGCAUAGAAGAUCAGAAAGUCCUUUAUCUGAUGAUGUUAUAAUCUUCAAGAAUGUCUUGGAAAUUCAGAGGUGGUAUUGACAAUGGAGACCUCUUUGAAUCCUGUUCCACAACACUUUCUUACCUAAGGUAUGUCUACGUUACAGCCACUACAGUGGCACAGCUGUGCUGCUGUAGCGCCAUAGUAUAGGCUCUUCCUGCACGGAUGGAAGGGUUUUUCCAUUGCUGUAGGUAUUCUGCCUCUCCAAGAGGGGGAAGCUAGAUGGAUGAAAGAAUCCUUCCAUUGACCUACCUGUGUCUUGACUGGGGAUUAGGUCGACCUGACUACGGUGUGAAAUUUUUCACAGUCCUGAGCGACGUAGCUAGGUGGACCUAAGUUUUAGGUGUAGACUGGGCCCUAGUCUCCUCGUUCCUCUUCCACAACCCUCCGUCUUCCCUCUUUCCCUGAUCUCUCCUUUCCAGACUCCUAUCUUUUCUCUAGCUGACACAUAGAUCCUCUUUUCUUUCCUGAUCCCCUGUGAUGGGGCUGUCUCGGUUAAAUUUUCUGACUCCAAGUGGACUGACCAAAGUAACUUAUAGUUCAUAUUUGUGCUGCAGAUAACACUGAGAGUAGAACAGGGGCUCUCCGAUAAGCACUUGGACACUAAGGAAGAUUCCUGGGCAGAGCACAGAAGCCCUGGCGACUUGUGCAAUCCUUGGGUUGUACUUUGGCUGCCCCUUUCAGUCAGUAUCUAACUAUAAUAAGUAGAUUUUACUUACUUAGGCUGAACUGUUUAGAUGGCAGUUUAUGGAGCAGCAGGGAUAUCAGGGCAAAUUCCACUCUGUACUAGUACAAGACACUAAGACAGAAUUAGGGGAAGAGGUGACCUCAUAACUGUGAUGUUUCUGUGAGUUUUCUAGGAUGUACCUAAUCUCAGUCCAGUCUUGGGCAAUGUAUUUUCACGCAGUUCUGCAGGAUGGAGCAUCUCACAUUCAGUUCCAUUCCCAUCUGGGGACGAAGCUGGGUGAAAACUGCCAAACGAGCUUCUCUCAAGCUUUGCUGGGAAUGAAAGAAUUCACUUUGCUUUCCGGGAACAAU